UCAUCCAGCUCGGAGAACGAAGAGGGCGCCUGGACAGCGCCACUUCGCGACCGCUCUGAGGAACUUCAGGAAAAAGGAAGAAGAAAAGAGGCCGCGCUUGUCGCGCUUCACUGACGUCAUCGAGAGCCGCGGUUGCCAGGGCAGCCAACGCCGAGGAAGAUGAUGGAGGAGAGUGAGGAAGAGCAGCAGCAACUGGUGCUGAGGAGAGUGGUGACGCUUCAGGCUCAUGUCAGGGGUUACCUGGUCAGGAAGAAAUUUCAAAGCUUAAAGGGGGAAUAUGAGAGCAUCAUUAAGGAGAUUGAAGGGGAUCUGGAUUGGCUGAAGUGGAACAGGCAUUCCAUGCCAGUGCCAGUGCUUCUUCCUAAGGUAUGUUACAGAAUUUUUAUAACAUUACGCUCCGAAAAAGACCUUGAUUGCAAGAUGCAGUCACCAGCUGAAAUGGUGGCAAAAACUGAGGCUGAGGACCAUCUUGUGGGCAGGCCCCCUCGGAAUGUUUGCAGCCUGCCAGGAGAGAGUGAGGAAGGCAAGCAAGCACCACAGAGCAUGUCAUCCAAAUGGAGCAGCAUGAUCCUCAACAAGGAGUCUCCGAAGUUGAGCCAAGAGCUUCAUUUCCAAAGAGUACCAGAAAUGCUCCAAGCUGUGCCUGACCUCCAGCGCUACCAAAAGCACCUGGCCAUGGAGCUGCUGUGGCUACAACAAGCAAUUGCUAGCCAUAAGAAUGCAAGAGCUGGUCCUCAAGGAGCCAUGGGGUGCCUUCUGUGCAUGGGGAGGAGAUGCUAG